AUGAUUGGCAAAUGGCAUUUGGGUAUCAACGAACUGAACAGUACCGAUGGAGCCCAUUUGCCGUCUCGAAGAGGUUUUGACUUUGUCGGUCUCAAUCUACCGUUCACCAAUACAUGGAUGUGUGAUACUACUCAGAGAUGUUCGUCGUCGUCGCCGACGAAUGUGAGAAAUGACGUCAAUCGGAAACUGGGUGAAGUGUGA